AUGAUCAAUGAUUACAAAUCAAGUGUGAGAUACAGAAGAAGAGAAGAAACCAAGAAUAUAUUAGGAUUUAUACAUGGGGGGCUAGAACCAUCCUUAUAUGGAGCAUGGGAUUUUCUAAUAAGUAAUGCUCCUAAUGAGCUAAUUUGUAGAUUAAUUUCUAAUUACAAAAGAGGAAAGUUUAUUCAGGGAAUUUUUGGUAAAGCCAUACAAGAUUAUGAGAAUUCAGAGGAAGUAGUUAAGCAGUCUGUUGCUAUGAAAUAUCAAAAUUAUUUGUCAAGACGAACAUAUAAGCUUGUGUGCAAAACCCAGACAUCCUAUUUCAAUAAUGAGAAGGAGGUAUGGUUACCACGUAAUAUAAAAUGUUUAGGUAUUGAUUUAAGACUACCAAAGUUAAGUCUGUCAGAUAAUAAUGUAGAGAAGUUUGUUAAGGGUUUAGACAUUGGUCAUGUUAGUCAAAUUCCAGGUAUACCAGGUGUUUCUAGAACAGUCACAGGCAGCGUGUUUAUGAUCAUUGAUUUACAUUUACGUGUACCACACCUUGCAAGAAAGUUAACCUGGUUCAAUGACAAUGAGAAUCAUUUUGUUUUUCAGUUUUCAGAUGAUGGUGCUCCAGAAACAAGUCAACUGACAAUGUCUAUAGGUAGCAUGGUUUGUUGGAAUUUUGGUGAUGAGGUACGUAGCAGAGAUUUGCAUUACCUUCUCCAUUGUGUCAGUGUCGGUGAGAAAGAUAACAUAAUGGAGAAUCUCUGGAAACAACAUACUGAAGAAAUGAAAAUGCUGGAGGGUAAUGUAUUGACAAUUUAUAACAAACAGUGUACUGUUGAGUUUCAGCCAGGAGCUGAUAUGUCAUGGCAGAGUUGGGCUGCUAAUGAGUUGAAUCAGGCUGCAACCUAUCCAUCGCCAUAUGCGAAUGUACAUAAGGGAAAUAUGAGUACAAUAGGGGGAAGUAUUGGCAAUGAACCAGGUUGUACAUGGAAACCUUUUUCUAUGGAAAUUAGAGAUUCAAAUAUCAAAUCUCUAAAUGAAUUUAUGGAAUCUCUUCCAGAUAGUAGUACUGAAAAGAACAAACACAAAAAAAAGUUAGACUACAUGGCUGAGAAUGGGAUGAGACAGCUUGGACCACCAAGAAUUGCAAUAUAUGUAGAUAGACUCAGACCAGAACCUAUGCACUGUGAAAUAAAUGCAUGGCAACAUUAUGUUGACCUUAUUUAUUUAGAAGCAGUAAGAAGAAAUACAUUUACUUCCUUUGUUUCUGUUUUAGAAGCUCCUGUAGGAGGUUCUCAAGGUCAAGAAGCUUCCCACAAAGAAACAAGUGCAGUCCCUGUAAGUCAUAAUUCAAUCAAUGAUGAUAUAAACACUUGUAGUUCUGCAGGGGAGCGUGCAAGACAGCAGAAGUUAUUGCAACAAUCUGAAAAUGAUUUAAGGGACAGCCUUCAAUCAUUUAGUAAUCAACAUGCAAGCCAGGUGUCUCAGAUUCAGGGAUGUGGGCUAGGGUAUUUGUCAUCAAAGAUAAAGGAACAUUAUAAUAAUGAAGGUAAUAGAUUCAACAAGCUUUCAAUUAGACUCAUAGGGAGUCAAGCUAUAGCUUUAGCUCGGUAUUCUUACCAUUUAGUUGAUACACUAGAAUGUGAAAAUGAAACUGCGGCACAAAAAUUGCAACGUUAUUCAAUUGGUAAGAUUGACUGCCUCUUAAGGAAUGCAGGCGGCCUCUUUAACAGAACUGAGCUUAACUCUGUUCAGAUAUCAGAACUUAAAGAUGCAUGUGAAAUGUAUUUUAAUUUAAUGUCCCUUUUUUUUCAAAGCAGUGUCAAUGUUUCAACAUGGACAGUUGGAUAUGCCAUCCCAUACCAUGCCAAACUGAUUUUUGAACAAUAUAAAGUUGGUUAUGGCAUUGUAUCACUUCAAGCAAAAGAAGCAAAACAUGCAGGCGUGAAAAAAGAUUUAAUGUUGAGUAACCGCUCAAAUGUCAGCUCAAUUGUUGGUAAAUGGUGGCAAGUUAUGCGUAGCAAUUAUGUUCGCUCAUUUUACCUACCAGAACAUCAACCCAUACCAUCUUCAUAUAUCUCCCACUAUCAAUCAAGGCUACCACGACAUUGCAGUUCAUCAAAACAUUGUAGUUGUGGUAGGGAAAAAGACAUUGACAAUGAUUUAUGUUUAUUCUGUGCUUCUAGCAUUGAUGUGGUCAAUUGUGCAUUGAACAGGAAGUUGGAUGAAUCAGUGUUGGCAGCUUUAAAACCAGAAAUAUGUCAACAUUGUAAUAGUAGGUUUGCUGACAAAUCAUUAUUAUCUUCUCAUUUGCGUUUUUGCAAAACAACUGAGGUAAGAACUGGUAGUGUUAUUAACCCCUUAACUAUGCCGGUGCCUGCAUUGAAGGAGGCAUUGCGCAACAGACAUUUAAGUACAACUGGUAAUAAGAGUGUACUUAUUCAGCGUCUUGAGGGGGCCUUAGCUGGCGAGGGUUAG